CUCUCUGGGUGCCGAUCUCAACUGUUGUUGCUCCCUUGGUUUAUGAGUUAUUGUGCUAACGAAGAUGAGUGUUCGAGAGUUGGAGUCUGCCGAGACUCUGUAUGAAGAGCCGAGCACCAGUCAUGACGUCGAAGAUGAUGAGAAGAAAGACCGGCAAGAAGUGCCAUCCCCGACCGACGAUCCAUUUGGCAAUGAGGACAAUGCGGAGGUCAAAUAUCGAGUGAUGAAGUGGUGGCAGAGUGGAAUGCGUGGGUUAAUGACCGCACAGAAUGUCUCUUUGGGAAUCUUGUCUCUGCCAUCUGCGGUUGCAACUCUAGGAAUCGUUCCAGCCGUCAUCAUCAUCGUGGUUAUGUCCGGAGUAGCCUGGUAUACUGGAAGUCUGAUCGGCAAAGUCAAACUACGAUACCCUCAAGUCCACAGCAUGAGUGAUGCCGCCGGGAUAUUCUUGGGCCGAUUCGCGCAGGAGUUUCUCAGCGUUGGCCAGUUAAUAUUUCUAAUAUUUCUCAUGGCCAGUCACGUUCUGACGUUUUCAGUGCUGAUGAAUGAGCUCACGGACCAUGGGGCCUGUACAAUUGGAUUCUCGGUGGUCGGGCUGGCUGUGAGCUUCAUCGGGUCAGUGCCGCGGCGAAUGAAAAGGGUAUAUAGGAUAUCGGUGAUAUCCUUUGCGAGUAUUCUUACUGCUACGAUCUUUACUAUGAUUGCAAUUGGAGUUCAAAACCCGGUGUCUCAUCGCCUUCAAAUUGCGACCAGCCACGGAUUCGCGAAGGAGUUUCUCGCCGUUACGAAUAUCUUAUUUGCAUAUAUCGCCCACGUUGCCUUCUUCGGGUUUAUGUCUGAAAUGCAAGAUCCACGAGAUUUCCCCAAGUCCCUUGCGAUGCUGCAGAUUGUUGAUACUUGCAUGUACGUUGUCACGGCGGUGGUCAUCUACUGCUACGCUGGCCCCGACGUCCUAUCUCCCGCGCUGAGCUCCGCAGGGCCAGUCAUGAAGAAAGUCGCCUGGGGACUGGCCAUCCCAACGGUUGUCUUCUCCGGUGUAAUACAUGGACACGUCGCUGCGAAAUAUAUAUAUGUUCGGAUGUUCCGCGGAUCAUCGCAAAUGCAUAGCCGGAGUUUCCGCUCCGUCGGGGCCUGGCUGGGAAUUGGAUUUGUGGUGUGGGUUAUCGCUUGGGUUGUUGCCGAGUCUAUUCCGGUGUUCAAUGAUAUGCUGGGUUUGAUUAGCUCCUUGUUCGGAAGUUGGUUUAGUUACGGGUUGCCCGCGAUAUUUGGACUGGGCAUGAACAGAGGCCAACUGUUUUCCUCAGCGAAGAGAAGCUGCAUUACCAUUAUCCAGCUGAUAGUGGUUGGUAUUGCCUGCACUAUUUGCGGCCUCGGACUCUACGUCACAGGCAAAUCAAUCCACGAAACCUCUCAAUCCUCUAGUUGGACGUGCGCAAACAAUGGAAGCUAGAACACCUUUGGCUAUAUACCACUGAUUCAGUGUUUCAGGCUGAUCAUACAUUGCAUUUUCGGUGAACAGCACAAGGGUACAUACUAACGUGGCAUCGUCAACACAUUCAUCAGAAGAGUACAAGUUUGC